CAACAACAAUAUCUCAUUCUAUCAAAAUCCUAGCAAAACUCAUUCUCACUUCUAUACAAGUUCAAGUGAAGCAAUAUGGCCAAUGUUUUCCUAUAUACUACACUUUGCCUUUUCCUCCUAACCACAACGUUUUUCAUUGCCAACUCUGCAAGAAUCCUAGAUGAACUCGACUCUCAACCACAAGUUAUAGGCAAUCUACCAGGACCUGGUGCUGGUGCUGCCAUUCCUUCUGGUGCUAGUGCUGGCGCUGGCGCUGUUAAUCCUGCUGGUGCUGGUGCUGGUGCUGCCAUUCCUUCUGGUGCUGGCGCUGGCGCUGUCAAUCCUGCUGGUGCUGGUGCUGGUGCUGCCACUCCUUCUGCUACAACCAUACCUCAAGCAGGCUCUAUUACCACUUCCCCAAGUGGCGUAACACCUGCAUCCGCAAACACUAACACUGUGACACCGGGAUCCGGUGAAGUAGAUCCCAAUGCAGACCCUUCAGAAAAUGAACUAGCACCAGCUGAGGAUAUCGCUCCAGUUGAAAGUCCUGCCACUGACGAAACACCAGAAGCUGAAGCGCCACUCCCGGCUUCUCCUAAUGUUGUAACACCGGUGGUGACAGCCAAGCCUGUGGCAAAAGAGCCUACGUUGUCUUUCUACAUGCAUGAUAUCCUCGGCGGAUCACAUCCAUCGGCACGAGUAGUAGCAGGAAUCGUAGCAAACACUGAUGUAACCGGUUUACCGUUCUCCAAGCUCAACAACAAUCUCUUCCCGAUCACCGGAGGAAUUCCAUUAGUGAACCCGAAACUCAACGGCAUUGUCACGAGCAACAAUCUACCUAACCUUGUAGGCCUCAACGCCGCACAAUCUUCAACUGUAUUCAAAAACAGUGGCACCAGCAACACUGUCUCGGGCGGAAACAACCAGCCGUUUGUUUCCGCGGGGAAUCUCCCUGGCGGGUUCACAAUUCAGAAGCUCAUGUUCGGUUCCGCGACAGUGAUUGACGAUCAGUUAACAGAAGAGCAUGAGCUUGAUUCUUCCGUGAUUGGAAGGGCGCAAGGGUUUUACUUGGCGAGCUCGUUGGACGGUACUAGUAAGACGAUCGUGCUUACGAUUUUGGUGCAUGGCGAGGAGCAUCAUGAUGGAGUUGAUGACACUAUAAGCCUGUUUGGGAUUCAUAGGACGGCGUCGUUGGAAUCUGAGGUCGCGGUGAUUGGUGGGACGGGGAAGUUUGAGAAUGCUAAAGGAUAUGCAGCAGUUGAGACACUUCUGAAGGAGGAUCAACACACCACAGAUGGAGCUGAUACCAUUCUGCAUUUCAAUAUCUACCUCACUGAGUAGUGAUUAUUACCUGUGAUUCGGCUUUCGGCUUUCAUAUUUGAUGUUUGGUUUGUGUUUGAUUAAAAUUUGUCAAUCCUUUAAAAUUAUAAUACAAUGUUGCAAAGUCCACAUUUCCUUAUCUUGUGAAUUAUUGUUAUUGAAAUAGUGAUUCAUAAUCAUUUAGCAUUUGUUGGUAAAAUCGUUGCU